UUUUAUUUUACUUGUUUCAGUCAUUUCACUGCGGCCAUGCUGGAGCACCGCCUUUAGUCGAAUCAAAUCGACCCCAAGGACUUAUUCUUUGCAAGCCCAGUACUUAUACUAUCGGUUUCUUUUGCCGAACCGCUAAGUUACGGGGACGUAAACACACCAGCAUCGGUUGCCAAGCAAUGUUGGUGGGGGACAAACACUGAUACGCAACAUAUACACACACAUACAUACAUAUAUAUAUAUAUAUAUAUAUAUACAUAUAUACGACGGGCUUCUUUCAGUUUCCGUCUACCAAAUCCACUCACAAGGCUUUGGUUGGCCCGAGGCUAUAGUAAAAAAACACUUGCCCAAGGUGCCACGCAGUGCGACUGAACCCGGAACCAUGUGGUUGGUAAGCAAGCUACUUACCACACAGCCACUCCAAAUUUGCUGUUUAUUAUUAGGUUUAGCUAUGUCUAAUUAUUUUAUAUCGUGUAUUUUGUUAACAGUAACCUCGCUGGUUGCAGAGCCUUUCCAGCAGAAUAAUCGUUGUUUACCUUGAUGACACAACAAAUACAAACUAUAUAAACAUUGCUUGAUCUUUCGUGAUUAGCAGAAACACAUUUCUAAGGCUCACACAUAUAGAUCCAAUAUGCUGGGAGGGUCUCUGUAUGUGCGUUGGUAUCUUGGUAAAGUUGUCGAACACGUACGUAAACAACGACUCCCCCCCACACACACACACACACACACUACACAACAGAAGAGACCGCAUAGAAACGACAUGCUGAGCACCCGGAAUGCCUAGAAAAAUUCUGAAGAAAUCUCAUAUCAUGAAAAUAUAUUCCUGCAUAUUGAAACGAAGAUGAUUAUAUUGAAACUAUGAAACUGUGUUCAUUGGAAUUUUGACACCAAAAAUUUUGAAAGAUAUUGAUUGUGAAAAACAUGAGGAGAACUUCAAUGAGAAUUUUGUAAUUUUGGUAACUUCUGCUACAAGCUAUCAUACUUUUAUGAAUAUUUUAGUUGAAUUGUAGAGAGACACAUGAGCUCAAUGGAAGGUAGAAAGGUUAAAGUGAAAACACAAUUCCAUUGUGAAAUUUGUGAUAGAAAAUUUUCACGUAAUUCACAACUCAGUAUGCACCGAGUGGUUCAUACUGGAGAAAAACCAUACAGCUGUGACAUUUGUGGUAAAUUAUUUUCAAGACAAAGCAAUGCAAAUCGCCACAAGGUGGUGCACACUGGAAAGAGACCAUAUAUCUGUGAUAUCUGUGGUAAAUCAUUCCAUUUAAAUAGUAUCUUAAAAAGACAUAGAAUAGUUCAUUCGGAAGAGAAGCCACACCAAUGUGAUAUUUGUGGUAAAACAUUCUUAAGAAAAGAGAGUGUUACAGAUCAUAAAGUAAUCCACUCUGGAGAAAAACCAUUUGAAUGUGAUAUUUGUGGGAAAGCAUAUUAUGUGAAGAAGAGACUACAGCGCCAUAUUAUAGUCCAUACUGGAGAGAAAUCUCACCAAUGUGAUAUCUGUGGUAAAAUAUUCUUGUACAAUAGUGACUUAAAGAUACAUAAAAUGCUCCAUAUUGUUGAAGAGCCAUUCAAGUGUGAAACUUGUAAUAAAACUUUCACAAAUAAUAGUGACUUGAAAAAGCAUAAAGUGACACAUAAGGGAGAGAAACCUUAUAAAUGUAAGACAUGUGGUAAAGCGUUCUCAAGAAAGGACCGAUUAACUAUGCAUGAUAAUGCUCAUGCAGAAGAGACGCACCAGUGCAAUGUUUGUAGUAAGACAUUUUUAAGUCAUUCUCUUUUAAAAGAUCAUAAAAUUAUUCAUGUUAGCGAGAAACCAUAUAAAUGUGACCUCUGCAUUAAAUCAUUUUCACAUGACCGUAGCUUAAAGAGACAUAAAACACAACACAGAAAAGAAGCAUUAGCACAAUAGUGUGAAAUCUGUGUUUCAAAAUUGUUAUCUUGUAGCUACCUAAACAUAUUCCGGGUCAUUAAAACUGUGGCCAUCAAGGAUGACCAUUGGUAGCAUGUAUCAGGUUUUUGGUGAUUGCUUUAAGUGUCCAUGUAGACGUGGACAUUCUCUUGGAUCUCCCACUCAUGAUCUAAUGGAACAUCCAGUAUGUAACAUCUGGAGAGAGAAAGAGUUGGGGCUUGCACUGAGCUGGUACAUUAUUUAUUGUCCAUGAAAGAAUGAAAGGUAAAUUUUACCUCGUUUGGAUUUGAAAUCAGUGUGCAAAACCAGGAUAGAUACCACGAUGCAUUCUACCUGAUGUAACGAUCAUCAGUCAGCCUCUUGGCUGCUUUAUUCCAGUUUAGGUAAAUGUGAUAUUUGUGACAAAGUUCAUUAAAGUGACAAAGUUAUUGAUAAAGAAGUUUUCUUUCUCUGUCUUUUUUUUGUGAAAUUUGUGGUAAAACAUUCUUAUAUAAAUUGUGACUUUAAGACAACAGUAUAUAAAUCUAUGCAGAAGAUAGUCCACACUGUUGUGACUUUUAUAAUGGAGCAUUUCAGGUGUGAAUAUGAUUUAAUGAAACACAAUAUUGGUGAAACUGGAGCAAAGCCAUAUCAAUGUAAAAUUGAUGGUAAAAACCUUCAUCAUCAUCAUCAUCAUCAUCAUCGUUUAACGUCCGUUUUCCUCAGUGUUACAAGACAGGUCAGGCAGGUUGCCGAUGCUCGUGGCUGACCGGUCGGUUCCUGUCAAACCUAGGACGUAUGAAAGGUAGAUUGUUUGAUGCCUGUGUACAAACAGCUAUGCUGCAUGGCAGUGAAACAUUGGGUAUGACAGCCGAGGACAUGUGUAGGCUUGGAAGUAAUGAAGCCAGUAUGCUUCGCUGGAUGUGCGAUGUCAGCGUGCAUAAUAUUCGACAGAGUGUAAGCAUCCCAGGGGAAAAGUUAGGCAUAAGAGGAAUUAGAUGUGGUGUGCGAGAGAGACAACUGCACUGGAAUGGUCAUGUGAUGCGUAUGGAUGAGGAUAGUUGUGUAAAGAAGUGCUGAUCUCUAACUGUGGUAGAGGUAGACCCAGGAAGACAUGGGACGUGGUGGUGAAGCAUGAGCUUUGAGCCUCACAGAGGCAAUGACUAGUGACCGAGACCUUUGGCGAUGUGCUGUGCUUGAGAGGACUCAUCAAGCGAAGUGUACCCAUUAUGGUGGCAUGUAAAGAACAUCUUUUGAAUGUUGGGCCUCACGGAGGCAGGGUGGUUGAGUUCCUUUUGAGUGUUGGACCUCAUAGAGGCAAUGACCAAGACCUUUGGCAUUAUGUCAUGCUUGAAAAAAAGACCUAUGAAGCCAAGCAAAAUCGCAGUUGUGACAGAUACUAGUGUCACGCAAAUUGGCACCCGUACCGGAGGCAUGUAAAGGCACCCCGGUGUCACACAAAUGGCACAUAAAAGCAUUAUACUCUCGGAGUGGUUGGCGUUAGGAAAGGCAUCGACCAUAAAAAACCAUGCUAAAUCAGACAGGUGUCUGGUACAGCCUUCCAGCGUAUCAGCCCAGUCAAACUGUACACCCCAUUGCCAGCAUGGUAUGGACAAUGGACGUUAAAUGAUGAUGAUGAUAUAUAUACCAAUAGAGUGUGACAUUAACUUUAAUGUUUCAGCCUGCUAACCUUCAAACUAAGGUUGAAUCCACUGUUACCAUGCUUCAAGUAAAAAUAUAAUAAAUAUGUCCUAUACAAAAAGUAUUGUGUUAUUGUGCUCAGUUUAAUGUAAAGUUGUUAUUAUAUAGGUGCAGGCAUGGCUGUGUGGUCAAAAGUUUGCUUUCCAACUGCAUGGUUCCAGGUUCAGUCCCACUGCAUCGCACCUUGGGUAAGUGUCUUCUACUAUAGCCUCAGACGGAAACUGAAAGAAACCUGUUGAAUAUAUAUAUGUGUGUGCUUCUUUCUCUGUGUUUGUCUCGCACCACUGCUUGACAACUGGUGUUGGUGUGCUUACAUCCCCAUGAUGUAGCAGUUCAGCAAGAAGAGUGCAAUAAAAUAAGUACUGGGUCAACAAUUUGACUGCCUAAACCCUUCAAUGGGCUGCCCCCAGCAUAGUCAAGACUCCACGACCUGAAACCUGAAAAAAGUAAAAUAUGUCUAUCAUCAUCAUCAUCGUUUAACGUCCGCUUUCCAUGCUAGCAUGGGUUGGACGAUUUGACUGAAGAUUGGUGCAACCGGAUGGCUACACCAGGCUCCAAUCUAAUUUGGCAGAGUUUCUACAGCUGGAUGCCCUUCCUAACGCCAACCACUCAGAGAGUGUAGUGGGUGCUUUUACGUGUCACCCGCACGAAAACGGCCAGGCUCGAAAUGGUGUCUUUUAUGUGCCACCCGCACAAGAGCCAGUCCAGGGGCACUGGCAAUGAUCUCGCUCGAAAACCCUACAAGGCCAGUCAGGCGGUACUGGCAACGGUCACGCUCAGGAUGGUAUAUCUUAUGUGCCACCCGCACAAGAGCCAGUCCAGGGGCCCUGGCAACGAUCUCACUUGGCUUGCCGGGUCUUCUCACGCACAGCACAUUUCCAAAGGUCUCGGUCAGUAGUCCACACAGCACAUUUCCAAAGGUCUCGGUCAGUCCAAAGGUCUAUCAUUGUAUUGACCAAACUAUUGCAUACCUGUUUAUUGGUCCACUUAAAGUGGUGGGUCAUUCCAUGAAUAAUGCAGUUGGUUUCAAUUGCAUGGAAUAACAGUCAGAGGGGGACAGGAUAAACUACCUGCAUCAACUUCCUAUAAAAGCAGGUAGUAAUUCUACCUUGUUUUUAUUCUUAGUGCAGUGGAGGCCCAGUGGUUAGAGCAGCGGACUCGCGGUCAUAGGAUCGCGGUUUCGAUUCCCAGACCGGGCGUUGUGAGUGUUUAUUGAGCGAAAACACCUAAAAGCUCCACGAGGCUCCAGCAGGGGCUGGUGGUGAACCCUGCUAUACUCUUUCACCACAACUUUCUCUCACUCUUACUUCCUGUUUCUGUUGUACCUGUAAUUCAAAGGGUCAGCCUUUGUGUCAUGCUGAAUAUCCCCGAGAACUACGUUAACAGUACAUGUGUCUGUGGAGUGCUCAGCUACUUGCACGUUAAUUUCACGAGCAGGCUGUUCCGUUGAUCGGAUCAACUGGAACCCUCGUAGUCGUAAGCGACGGAGUGCCAACAACAACAACAACAUACUUAGGGCAGGUUUUGAAGAGUGCAGUUCGAUUUUAACAGUUAUUUUUUUCAAAGCUAUAAUGGAAGUGACAAAGAAGCAGAUUCGGCAUAUUUUGAUUUAUGAGUUCAAUAAAUGCAACAGAACAUGCAAGAAAUAUUAAUGCGGUAUAUGGGGAUCAGACAAUAAGCAGAAGCCAGAGUCAACUGUGGUUCCAGAAAUUCCGAGCCGGAAACUACAGCCUAGAAGACGAGCUUCAUCCUGGAAGAUCUGUAGAGCUCGACAAGGACAUCCUGCAAACCCUGGUGGAACAAAAUUCCAUUGCAACUGUUGAGGAACUUGGAGAGAAGCUUGGAUUUGGUCAUUCAAGUCAGUGAUAGAAGUAAAAUGACCAUCUUUGGUUUCAAGAUGAAAGGCAUUCUUCCAUCAGGAUAAUUCUCAGCCACAUACAGCGAGGAUGACAUUCCAAAGGCUGGAGCAGUUUGAAUGGAGAAUGAUGCCCCACCCACCAUAUUCUCCGGAAAUUGCCUCAUCUGAUUAUUAUUUAUUCUGCAAUCUUGAAAAUCAUUUGGACGGAAAAAAUAUGAAUUUGUAGAUGAGGUUAGAACAGUACUGGAGGAGUAUUUUUCAUCAUGGGCAAGUGAAUUUUAGGAGAGGGGCCUUGCAAGUCUACCAGAUAGAGGGAAGAGCAUUGUAGAAAAUGAAGGAGAGUAAAUUUUAGAUUUAAAAAGAACUUUGUUAAUCUUAAUUUUGAAAAAUAAAACUAUGUCUAUAAGAUGAAAAUUAAUCCUUUAGCAUGCAGAUUAUCACAGUAAUCCUUAUUUAUUCACAUUGUUUUGAAUUAAUCAUGCAGUAGUUAAUAGCUUUGAGAUUUUAAUGAGCUAUCUGUUAAUUUUUAGAAGGCUAUUAUAGGGUUGGUGUGAAAAGCCAGAUCUGGCUAGUCUGAGCGUAAAACAGAAUAUUUUGGUUAGUUUAAAUGAAGAAAAGUAAAGGACAUGAAUUUACUUAAAAGAUACAGAAACAAAUUAAUACAGUUCUUUAAUAUAUAUAACAGGCUUCUUUCAGUUUCUGUCUACCAAAUCCAUUCACAUGGCUUUGGUCAACCAGGGGUUAUAGUGGAAGACACUUAGAAGCCACACAGAGGAACUGAACCCAAAACCAUGGUUGAGAAGUAGACUUCUUAACAACACAGUCACAACAUAUUAUAUCAGCACUUCUUAAACUAUGGGUCACAACUCAAUUUGGAGUCGUGGAAAUUAAAUUCAAACACUUGAAUUUCUGUUUAUAUGUUAUUUCAUAAAUUUCAGUUUAAAUGAACCUUUGGAGAUAUACUGUGAUUGAGAAGACCCAGCAAGUAGGAUCGCAGCCAUAGCUGAUACUAGUGUCACAUAACCAGCCCAUUUAAGUGUACCAUGGAGAACUGCCGGGCAAUACACUGUGCUUAAGAAGACCUGUUGAGCGAGGUGAAAUCAUAGUCAUGGUCUAUGCCAGUGCCGCCUGACUGGCACCCGUGCUGGUGGCAUGUAAUAAGCACCAUUCAAAUGUCAUCGAUGCCAGUGCCACCUGACUAGCUCCCAUACCUGUGGCACAUAAAAAGCACCCACUACACUUUUGGAAUGGUUGGCAUUAGGAAGGGCAUCCAGCUGUAGAAACAUUGCCAGAUCAGAUUGGAGCCUGGUGCAGCCUUCUGGCUUAGCAGUCCUCAGUCAAACUGUCCAGUCCAUGCCAGCAUGGAAAGCAGACAUUAAACGAUGAUGAUAAUUUCAGUUUAUUAUUUCUGAAAUGACAUUACAUGUUCUUUUGUCAUUUAGUACCAAAUACCUAUGUGAAAUAACUUUUUCAUCGCAGCUAACCUUAUGUGAAAUAACUUUUUCAGCUUUAACCCUUAUUAAAACCAAAUAUCGUUCAAUGCUGUAAAGCGUAGAAGAUGCUUUACGUCCAGCAGUGUCAAAUAUUACACCAAGGUUUAAUUUGCUAUGCAACAAAAAACAAGUACAUCCACCAUAUUGGUUUUUACUUUUUUUUUUUUUUUUUUGUAUUUAAAACAAAUCCUAAAAUUACUUUUAUUUUGACAAAUAAUAUAACGCCUUUUUUUAUAUGUAUAUUGUUCAGUAAAACAAUGAUUUAUGUAUUUAUUUGUAU